AUGCGCGGUGACGUCAACGUCGGUUUGACAAGCAUGAGGCGCACACUCAGUGCGAGUUUAUUGCGGCUGAUCAGGGUAUUUGGUAGAAAUCCGCCGUCUCGUGCCUCGUUUGCGCUGAAUUUCUACAGGAAAUCGUCGACUGAGCGCACGAACAUGGACCUGAGUGACAUGAGGAAGAAAUACAAGGGAGACGAGGAGUGCUUUGAGGAGAGUCAGCUCGUCUCUCUGGACCCGAUCAAACAGUUUGGAGACUGGUUCGAUCAGGCCACAAAGUGCUCCGGAGUCGGAGAGGCGAACGCCAUGUGCAUCGCCACCGCAACCAAAGACGGGCGUCCGUCCGCUCGUAUGGUCCUCCUGAAAGGUUACAGCAACGAGGGGUUCCGUUUCUUCACCAACUACGAGAGCAGAAAGGGUUCAGAGCUGGAGAGCAAUCCGUUUGCGUGUCUGGUCUUCUACUGGGAACCCCUUAACAGACAGAUUCGCAUCGAGGGCACCGUGGAGCGAAUCCCCUUCGAGAGCUCCAGUGACUACUUCCACUCCCGACCAAAGAGCAGCCAGAUCGGCGCCAUCGUGAGCCGACAAAGCACUCCGGUUCCCGACAGAGACUAUCUACGGCAGAAAAAUGCAGAACUGGAGGAGAAGUACAAAGACACAGAUGUGCCCAUGCCUGACUACUGGGGCGGCUACAUCGUCAAGCCUUCCAUGAUGGAGUUCUGGCAGGGUCAGACCAACAGGCUCCACGACCGCAUCGUCUUCACCCGGCCGGAGGACGGAGCGUGUGAGCCGGGGGAGUUUCAGCACGCUGCAGAGGGAGGCUGGGUGUACCAGCGACUGUCCCCGUGAGGAGAACCUCAACAGACCGUUGUGUACAGGAGGGGAAAAACUAAACCAUCUUUACCUCACUGGAAGGAACCACUCAUCUUUAAGUCCUGAAGGAAACCUUAUAUUUAUUAAAUAGGUGCUGCUGUGUGUAGGAUUUAUCAACAGGCCAAACGUCACUGCGUCGUCUUUUUGUUCUCGAUGCCUGUUCGCAUUAUUUGGGUGUUUACCGUGGAGACAGAGGUGUGACACACAACCUGCCGACGGCACUAUAAGCAAAAAGACGCUGCGUGCUUUCCAGAGAGAGAGCAAACUCCACCUGGUCCUGUCAAGUAAUGAUUGACUGCGACGUUGGUUAUUAACAUUUCGGUCGAGUGUCUUCACUUCUGCCAUUGAAGCAGCUUCCUGUCCAUUUUCUAUGUUGAAGUAAUCGGUAACACUUUGAUUUCACAGGUUUCCUUAAAAGUUCCAAGACAGUUCACUGGAAUUAUAGUUCGUAAUUACAGGAAAACUAGAGAAACAGUUCUGAGACAGUUGGUUGUGUUGAGUUUCUAAGCAGAUAUUGAUUUUCAGAGAAAUUUAUCCAUUUGGCCACUUUUAUUAGCUGCACCUGAACAAUCUCAUGCACAAUCUGUCUCCAUUUUCCUUGUAACUAUUACAUACCAGGAACAUUCUUAUGACUCCAUAGGCAUCAAUCAGUGUCUUUCUAGGAAAUUAGAGUGAAUUACAGAACCAUAAAAUGCAGUGUUACUAAUAAAUAACUUGAAUGUAUUAAAUCAAGACAUUGGGUCUAACUGCCUUUGAGAUUAAAAGAGCUGAUGGUUUGAAUUGUGCCAACUAUCAUGUGUGCGUCUUGUACUGUUUGAAAAUGAUAUUGUUCAUUGUUUUUGACUUUAUUUAUAAGUGGAAUAGAGCCAGUAAUAAAGUUUAAUUUGUACCUGA